UGUAUUACUGAUCACUUAGAAUUAAAUCAUAUCGUUUCUGUAAAUUUUCUAUGAAAAUAGUGUUUUAGCAUUUUUUGACGCUUGUUCUUGUUUACGUCUUCCAUUUCAGACAAUGUUUGCCAACAAUGAUGUAAAUUAACAGAUGGCUCAAUAUUAUCAAUUUUAUUUGCAUAGGUUUACUUACUUUCAAAAUGAAUAUUUCGUCACGAUUUGAAUCUUACAGUCAACUUAAUAUUGUGAGACAUUUAUUUUUCAUGCUUUUCUGAAUUGUCCAUUAAGCAUUGAAAUAUUUUCUCUUCCAAAUAAUAUGCAAGUAUAAGAAUAAGAGUUGAUUUGAAUCAUCGUUUAAAUCCUUUGGUUAUUAUGAAUUAAUUACUUGAUAAAGGAAUACAAAAAAUCACCAUUCUUGCUAUAACUUGGAGACCUCUUGAUAUGGGUGGUGCAGUCAGUGCCGGUGAAGAUAAUGAUGAACUUAUUGAUAAUCUUGUAAAUGGAGAAUACAUUAAGACAUAUGUAAUUGAAAAAGCUUUCCGCGCUGUUGAUCGGGGAAAAUAUUUUCUGGAAGAAUGCCGGGAGAAUGCUUAUCGAGAUCUAGCAUGGAAGAAUGGAAAUAUUCAUUUAUCUGCCCCUUGCAUUUAUUCAGAAGUAAUGGAGUCAUUGAAAUUGGGUCCUGGUUUGUCUUUUUUGAAUCUUGGAAGUGGUACUGGCUAUCUUAGCACCAUGGCUGGACUUUUAUUAGGACCUUACGGAACAAACCAUGGUGUUGAAUUACAUCAAAGUAAUGUUGAGUAUGCAAGGAAUAUUUUAGACGAGUUUCAGUCUUACUCUCCAGCUUUGGACAAAUAUGAUUUUUGCCCACCUUCUUUUGUUGUGGGAAACUGUUUACUUUUGGAUUCCUCUGCUCCUCAGUAUGACAGGGUAUACUGUGGUGCCUCUUGCCCUACUGAACAUGAGAAUUUUAUCAAGAAUUUAGUGAGAGUGGGUGGGAUUUUAGUAAUGCCUAUAAAUGAUAGUCUUAUGCAAAUAGUCAGAACUUCAGAAACAACUUUUGAUGUGAGAAAUGUAUUACCUGUUUCCUUUGCAUCUUUAGUAGUUCCUACUGUUGAUGAUGGUAUAUUAACUUCUGUUAAACUUCCUGAGAAAAGUCCUCUGCUCUUGCAAGAAAUUUGCAGAACUGCAAUUCGAGUGAUUUUGCGUCAGACGGUUGAAGUGGAAAAUCCAUUUCUAACAGAAAAGAGAGUCAUCAAAAAAAGCAAGCAUAAAAAGAAUAGGAGGUUCUUCAGAAGGAUUGUCAUCCCAUUUAUUGAAGAAGCCAGGGCUGAAACCCCAGAACCUCCUGCUGUUGACAGAAGGGAAGAGGAUUUAGCUUCAAAUGAUGAGGACAUACAAGUAGCUGGUACAAGUGAAGACAAAAAUGCUGAAGAAGUUGAUUCUGACAACUCUGCUCAUGCAAAUAACCCAGGCACUCAGAAAAUAUUUUUAGAGUUUGACUAUCAGGAUUGCAACCCAGAACUGGCAGAUGCCGGAAACGAUAAAAACGAGGAAGUCGAUGUCGAGAUGAGGCAGGAGGAAAAUGGAGAGUGCAGCAGUGCCUGUAAAAGUGGCAGGCGUCGAACAUUGACUGCAAAUGGCGACAGUGGUAUUGACAAUAUCAGUGAUGAUUCUUUACCAGAAGAGUGUGUUUCAGAUAGUGAUAAAUUUGAAGACGACGAGUCUCCCGAUCCAACUGCUGAAAGAAACAGCGAUGGAAGGCCUGGUAAUUCCAGUUAUCUGAAAAGAAGUGCUGAAGAAAAUGCGGAAGAGGAUUUAGCAGUGAUUUCGGACAAUGUUGCCCCCAGACGAAGAUACCCACAUUGCAGAGGUUCCUCUGUCAUUUUCAAAAGAGUCGCUUUCAGUGAUCCCGACAGCGACGAACUAGAAGAAAUCGAUAGUGAUUCCGACACUAAUGAAAAUUUACCUAGAUAUGAUGAGAAGAGCUACUUGUCUAGAUACACACACUUUCUGAAACAAAAAAUAAAUCAGCUACCUAUACCUCAUCCACUUAAAAUAUAUUUGAACUUAUCCAGGCCUGUAUAAAGAAACAAUUGAAGAGUUAACUGCAAUAAGGAUGUUUCUCCAAGUUUUCACAUAUUCAGAGAAUGAUUAACAGUGUUUGUCUUUUCAAAGUUUUAAGUUAUAAGAAAUUAUUGUUUUUAAUUAACUUUCAAAAUCAUUUUAAAUAUUAGAAUAAGAAAUUCCUGACCCAAAUUUCAACAAGCAAUAAGUACUAACAAAAACUAAGACAACCCCACAGCGUCACAUGAAAAAUUUCUUGCUUGUUUUAAUGUUAGAAUAUAGGAAAAUCAGGAUGUAACUCGUGAAAUUAUGCAAUGCAUAAAAACAUGGUAAAACUUGAAAAUAAUUGAAGCAAUACAAAAACUCUUUACAAUUUUGUCUUAGUAUUUUGUUGCUAAUUAUACAAAAAUUGUUACUUAGGUGUUACCUGUUUGAUCAGGCCUUAUUUUUUUUUAUUAUGUAUUGCAAAUAAGGCCCUAUAAAUCAUCUGACAAAAAUGCUACGAUUUUUUAAAAUUAUACAGAUUAAUUGAAAAUAGCCAGAAAACAACUGAAAAAUAAAAUUGUACUCAAAAAUAUGCAUUUUAUUUAUUUUAAUGACUUUAUAAAAUUUUUUCAAAUAUUAAAGUAAGCAGAUCUGUUUUUUGGGGUGGGUGAUCGCGUAGGGCCACCAAAAUUUGGUUAGUGGUUAUAUUACAAGCUUAUUUUUUUUUACAUUUAUUAAAUCUUGGAUUUAUUUUUAAUAUUCAUACGAGUUCUUUAAUUCCAAAUGUGUUUAAUUUCAUUUCAAUGUCCUUUUACAUCAGUAAUGCAAUUUUUAAAAUGACAUGAAUUGAACUUUUAUGUCAUAGAAAUGAAUUGUAUUGAAAAUUUCAACUAUUGCUGAUUUUUGAGUAUGUGUGUGUGUAACGGAGGACAACCCCUGAGAACUGCAGCGGAAAAUAUCAAGAAAAAUAAAAAAACUAUUCUUGCGAGUUGGCAUAAUUUAAACAUACUUAAUUUUAAAAAAAUCAUUGAUUUAAAUCGCAUGAUUUUCUUUUAAAUCAUAGAUUUAUGUGGAAAAUAUUAUUUAUACAGUACUGAUUUAUAUAAUAUAUUAUACUUAAGACAGUAAUAAUAAACAAUUGAUAUCAAAUCUCAUUGAUAAUAAAUGUUAUAUUGAUAGAAUUGAGGAAUAAGUUAAUAAAUAAGGAAAAGAAAUUUCUUUUUUUUAUUCAAGAGCUUGAAUGUAGAUAAGAGUGUAACUUUUAAUUCUUCAUUGUUCAUUUUAUAUUUUAAAUUGCUCAUUGUGUUAUGUAAAAUAUAAUUUGCUGUUUUAUUAUCAAUAAAAAUAUAUUUCGAUUAUACCCAUUUAGAUUUAUGCACAUGCAGGACUGCCAACUUUCUAGGCGCUUUGGGAAAUUUUCUUCUAGUGAAGUUUAUGCUUUGAUAUAUGAUUCUUUGUUUUGCAAAUCUGAUUUUAAGGUUUAUUUUCCACACCACUACAUGUAAAUGACUCAGAUUUUCAUAUAAAACGUCACUUUUUCCCCCAGCUUUCUCACAGAAAGUUGAAAUGUUGAAAAAUAUACCCAAAAUUCAAAACGUUUUUGUCUACCACUCUAAUAAGUUAAUUUGCAAAAAGCGUAGUAAUUGACAGCCCUUCACAUUUUUUCCAAUACAAGUCAUUCGAAAAUUUAUUAAAUAGUAGUACGGGUAUCUACUUAUAAAUAAAGAAUAAAGAUUUGUUCUGCCAAAAAUAAUUUAUUUUUAUAAAUGCUUUAUGAUCUAAAUUUAAAUUAAUUUACUACUUUUCAUUCGACAAAUUGAUUUUCUGUCUUUGCAAUUCAUUAAUGUUUUGAAUUUGAUAAAAAAUGACUUCAUUUCUUCAGUAAUUAGUUCAUAAUAUUAUCCCUUUUUUAUUAGUGGUAUUAAGAACUUUAGUUACAGUUAUGUUAAAUAAUAUUAAGUAUUUAUGCAUUUUGCCAGAUCGUUAAAAGAGAACAGAAUUUUUAAAAAAUAAAUCUAAUGAUUAAUAUUUUAUUUUAUAACUAGUUAAACAGCUGACCUAAUUCUGAUUCUAAAACUAUCAAUGUUCGGUAGCCUUUUAAUUUUGAACCCAACCCAGAUGUCGAAAGCAUCCUGGGAUCAAGAAUUGGGACAAACUAGCCUUCGUGGAGGACCUUAUAAUAGAACUAACCCAUAUUUGCAUUAUAAUAUUUUUUGUCAGCGUGAGCCAGGAGCAGUAUCAAGCUGACACCGCUGGGAUUUGAACCUGGUCACCACAAUGGAAGGCAAGCUCCCUAUUAACAGAACCACCUUUGUUAAAUGCUUGAAAUGUACUUUGUUUAAAAAUUAAAUUGAUAUUUGACGAUUAUGGUAACAAUUGUAAAUUAUGCGGUUUUCCAAAUCACUGCAUAAUUUGUAGGAUUAUAAUUAUAAAUGAUCAGGCAAUUACUUACCCUUAUUCUCUGCUAAUUCUUACUCAGUUCGUUAAAAAUAUAUGAUCCAUUAAAUUUUUUUGGUGCUGGUGGGAUUAAGGCGUUAAUAUGUAUUAUAAAUUAUUAGACAAUUAUCAUUAAACCUUAUUAUCUCCUAUGUGACUAAUUUUUAAAAAAAUCUUCCGAAUAAUGUUAUGCAUAUGUGAUUAUUGGAGAUAUCAUUUCAUUGUCACAAGAUGUAAAUUCUCUGUAUUUCUUAAGAAACUAGUUAUCAAGUUUUUCAUAAAAAUAUAUUAACUAUCAUAAUAAUUUAUUUAAACAUCAAUUGAAGUGUAACAUGUUUUUGUUAUUAUUACAUUUCUAAUUUUUUUAUUAUGUUAACUGUUAUAUAAUUAUGUGUAUUUUGAGAACAAAUACGUCGAAUAACAUUUUUUGGUCAUCAAUGGAGUGGUUUUUUUCUUUUUUUGAAAAAAAAAUAAAAUGGAGAUAGAUCCUUUUUGCAGUAAACCCUUCAAUUGAGCUUGUUAAAUGCUGUAUUAGUUUUCAAGAUUCAAUUCUCAAUGUUCAACAAAGAGUGAAAAAGAAUAUUUUAUUGUUGAAUUCAUUUUAUAAUUGUAUCCAUUUUUUUGUUAUUUUAUGAAAGUUUUAACUAUUAUUUAAUGUGAGCAUUAAACAGAGUUGAUAAAUGUUAUUGUUCUUUUGUUGUUGUUAUUUUAUAGUUAUUUAUACUUUAGAAUAUGAUCAUCUACAUUUUAUCAUUAUGAAUUGAUCUGGGAUAUUGUUGUGUAUUGUAUUGUUUUAUAUUUUGAAUUUGAAAUGUGAUCAUCUAUAUUUUAUUAUUAUGAAUUGAAAUUGAAUAUUGCUGUUUUGUUCUGUUCCAUGUUUUGAUCUUAAGAUUAGAAUUGUAUUAAAAUCUUGUUAAAUUUAAAAGAGAAUUUUUUUUAUAUAGUAUUUAGUUGUUAUUACAGAUCAAAAAUCUUCUUUGUAGGGUGUUAUUGUUUGUAACUAAUUAUAAGUGAAACUUAAAUAGAGCUUUUGAUUUAGUUUAUAUUUUCUUAUGCAUACUAUUUAUAAUGAUUUUAAAACAAUACGUUUGAAUAUAUUUAAAGAGAACAAAAAAAAUAUCUUUUCGAUUUAGUAAAAUAUUUUUAUUUUAAAAAUUUUACAACAAUAAAUAUUUAAUUUCUUAUCAACCAUUUUGGUUUAGAAAAUUUUUUAAUUAAAUCUCUGAGCACGAAAAUUUUCUUGAAAUUGCAAACAUUUUAAUGUCAGUCGCACUUUUGCACAUUAAUAACCUCAUUUCUAAAUUGCAAUUUUCCAACCAUGUGCUUUUGCUUAAAAUGCCAGAUUUAAUUCAUCUAAUAUUGUGUGUCACAAAUUUUAAUGAUCAUAAAUUAAUAAUAAUGUAUGAUAUAUUAAAUAAUUUAGUUUUCAAAACAAAUUAUUACUUGAACACUAGUUUAAAAACAGAAUUUAAUAUAGAGUUUAUUACUUUUUAGGAGAUUUUUAUAUUUAUAUAUUUUUCACUUAUGCAUUUGAAUUAUAUAUAUAAUGAAAAAAGAAAACAAAUCUAGACAGUUUUAUAACAAUGAGUUUUAUCUCAAUUGUUAUUUAUUUAUUGUAAAUAUUAAUGCCCAAAUUAUUAUCAAUAAAAGCGUUUUUGUGAGAA